CAUAGUUAGAAAAAAGUAGGUCUCCUGUCAAUGUGGUGAUUUGUGAACUUGUUUGUUAUUUACAAUAAAAUAUUUUUAUUUCAUAAAUUAUAUGUGUUUCCGGAGACUUAAGUACAUUCCAAUAUUAUAUGAAACUAUAGAAUUUUGUGUCACAUUUCGUGGUGUACUAUCUUCUACAAGAAUCUGAAGGCGGUCCUAUUGGAUAGCCUCACGAUGUCACUGUCUUGGAACACUAAAUGGCGUUGGAACACAACAUACAGUGCCGAUUCAGUGGAGUGGUGCCCGAUUGAACCUUACCGUGACGUGUUAGUUUGCGGCACGUAUCAACUCGAUAACAAAGAACAAGAACAAACAUCGCCGAAACAAAAGCGGAUCGGAAGGAUAUACCUCUUCGUUAUAAACGAUAACAUAACUGAAAUCAGUCCAAUAGAAACUAUCGACACUCCAGGCAUUUUAGAUCAAAAAUGGAGCCAGUGGCCUAUUCAGAAUCACCCGACUUUAGCAACCGUUACUUCGGACGGUACUCUUCAGUUGUAUCGCUUGAUCGAUAAUAACGGAAAAUUGAGUCUAAAAUUUUGGUUUGAUCACAUGGUUGGUGAAAAUGUGUUAGCUUUGUCGCACGAUUGGUCGACGAAUAAGACACGGUCCGAAGAACCAACCAUGGUAGUGAGCGAUUCAUCGGGUACAGUGACUGUUAUGAAAUUAAUUGGAGACAACAUACAAAGUUUGGGUACAUGGAAAGCUCACGAGUACGAGGCAUGGAUAGCAGCGUUUAAUUAUUGGAACACGGAUUUGUUUUAUUCAGGUGGCGAUGAUUGUGUCUUUAAGUGCUGGGAUGUACGAAUGGCAGAUGUAGCCGUUGCUGUCAACAAGCGGCAUCAGGCAGGAGUUACAACUGUGAGGAGCCAUGUAGACAAAGAACAUCAACUACUUACAGGAAGUUACGACGAAAAAGUGCGUUUAUGGGACUGUAGGAACCUCAAGACGUGCGUCACAGAUGCAGACGUCAAAGGAGGGGUAUGGCGUUUGAAGUGGCAUCCUAACAAAUCAGACAUAAUACUGGCUGCUUGCAUGUAUGGAGGGUUCCGCAUACUCCGGGCUAACGAGGAAUUAGAUGUUAUCUGCGAGUAUAUGGACCAUGAGAGCAUCGCGUACGGCGCUGAUUGGAAACAAGACGCUUCUUCAAUUGUGGCUACGUGUUCAUUUUAUGACUGCAAAAUGCAUGUUGGUGAAGUAGUUUUAUAAUGUAUCUUUACAACAUGUAUUUACAUCUAAGUGGUGUUCAAUAAAAAGUUAUAAAUAUAUCA